GGGAGCGUCGCGGCCACGUGAUCGGCCGUGGCGUCAUGUGACCCCCCAAAAGGGAACGAGGCUACUUCCUGGUUCAGAGGCUUGCGGGUCUUUGCUGGGUAAAGGUGAUGUGAAAAUGACCACCCCAAGGGACAAAACGGUCGUUCAAGGAGAAGCCUCAGAGACUGAUUCGGAGGAAGAGGUGUAUCUCUCCUCUGUGCCCGAGCCUUCCUUCCCUAACCUUUCUGGGCUGAAAGUGGCUGGAGAGGCCUCGGAAACAGACGAGGAAGAAGAAGAUGCAUGUAUCCGGGAGCCAAAAGGAGACCCAAACUUGAUCAGCCCAGAUUUGCCUCCACUGAUUGUCUUCAGGAACGAGGAUCUGGGGUCUCCCACGGCGGUUGAAGAGAAGCCUGCCCUCCGUCUCCGACACCGUGGGCGCUACAGCACCCUACUGCAGCAGAAGCUGAUUGAGAGCAACGCCCGCUUGUACUAUGACGUCAGCCACACGAUCAAGCAGGUCUACCAGACAGCUGUCAAAGAGAUCGGGACCAUUACUGGGCAGCUUGCUAAUUCCCAAAAUGGCAUCAUUAACGCCUCGCACAACAUCCGACUAGCUUUGGAGGACCUACGGUCAGUGGCUGACAAAAUAGACAUCAUCACCAGCUGCAACCUUCUGCCUGAUAUCCAGAUAGAACUACCUCCAGUUCAUUACACCUAGUAGGCUAUGGAAUUAUACCAAGGCAACCUGGUUGCAACAUGCCAUAAGAAACUGUGAUACAGCUGACUUUUGCCCUCACCCCAAGCUUAUGCAGUCUGUUCUUGCUUUAAACCACAGCACUUGAGAUCAGGGUUACUAUACUAAUAUUGUAAUCAUCUAAAAUAAAGCUGCUUUUGAUAUGCA